CAGGAACAUCAACUCCUGAUGGACCAGUGUGAAGGUUUGUUUGAGAAAACCACAGAGACAAACCGCUGUUUCAGCUUUAACCAGGACGCUUUAGAGAGAGGAAAGUUGGAAACGUGCAGCCAAGGUCUUCGCCCUCCAGAUCGUCCAGUCAUUCCUUUUCCUGAAAUAUGCAGACUGUAAGAAGAGGAGAGGUAAUCUAGUCUCUGUUCGUAACCGUGAUGACCUCCUCAUUGUACAGCACAUUAUGGGUUUGCCAGGCCUAAACAGUGUAUGGGUAGGAGGAACUGAUGAUGUUACUGAGGGACAGUGGCAGUGGAGUGAUGGUGAACCAUUUUCCUGGACAUUCUGGUCACCAGGAGAGCCUAACAAUAUUAGACAGGAGGACUGCAUGAGUGUUGACAUUGGGGUCUGAUGUUCGACACCCCACCUGUGAGGAACGUGGUCACACAAAUGUACCCACUGGUUUCCCUGGCACCAUUCUCCUUUUGAACAUGCGUGGCAACAACUUCCAUUAUCUACCUGGCAACAGUUUCACUAACAUCCCCGAGGUGGUGUCCCUCCACUUGGACGGCUGUAAGAUUCAUGACAUCGAGGGUGGAGCUUUCCAGGGCAUGAAAGGGCUGAUGUACCUCUACUUGUCAGACAACCAGCUUACUUCCUAGGACACAAACGUCUUCGCAGGUGCCCACGACAUCAUGUAUCUUCACCUAGAAGGCAACAGUCUUUCUCAGUUUCCAUCUUCAGAGAUGCUGGCCCACAUUCCCAAACUCCUCGAGCUGCAUCUUGAAAGAAACCUGAUGGUUAAACUAGAACCUGUAGGACUUCUUAAUCCAAUCCCGCAAUUGACAGGCCUCUAUCUUGCCAAUAACGCCAUCACAAACAUAGUUCCUAGAGCACUGGAUUCAGCUCCCAAUCUGGACGUUCUCCAUCUUGGAGAUAAUAAGCUGACAGAAGUGCCUAGUGAUGCGCUAGGCAAGGCACCUCUGUUGACCGAAGUCCAUUGGAUUGGUCCGAGAGCGUUUCGGGGUGUCGUUAAAGGUCUAAAACACUUGUAUAUUGAUAGAAUGGGUCUUCAGAAGAUGAGUGCAAAGUCUCUGGCAUGGUUUGGUCCUGGCCUGGUGUCUUUAUCUCUGGAAGAGAAUCAGUUAGAAGAGUUACCUGACCUUUCAUCACUUACUGGCCUGCAGCACCUCACCCUGGGCAACAAUCCUUUAAUGUGGUUGUCGAAUGCAAGUCUGAAGGUUGAAGCUGUGUGUGGUUACCCUUCUGCGCUUCGGGGUCAGUACGUGAUCAAAGCUGAUGUUUUCAUAAACUGCUCUGGGGAAAACAAUGAGUCGUUCAAUAAAACAUCCAUAAUGACCAAUGAAGAUAAACUCAACAAACCCUUCCAUAGCGCAGCCAAAGCCAGACCGGCAGAAACUGAUCCUAAACCAGCAGAGACCAAGAUGACAGCAGGACUAUUACAAAACAGUGGACUCAAACCAGAUAAAAAGUUGAAAACAAGAAGUCCCAUGCAGUUAGGAGACACCAGUGAGGGAAGAGAGCAGGAGAUGAACAGCAGUCAGGACACUGAUGAGGGUGUUCUUAUCAUGUGGGUAGGGUCGAGCUGGUACCUUCCUAUUCUUAAAUAA